CGGCAGUCUGGACUGUGGCGAGCCUCAUACAGAGCCCUGAUUGGCGGACGGACCAUUCAGCGCGUGACAGGGAGCAAGUACAGAGGAAAAGCUCUUCCUUAUGUAGAGCGACUGCACGGGUGCGGCUCCGCUGUUACUUGACCCGCCCCUUUCGGCUAUGAGUGGCAUCGACCAGAGCCGCUCAGCGCUGCGAUACUGACACCAGCGGCGCAUCGCCUGAGACAGGUCCGCGUGGGGAAGGCAGCAAAGGCAUGGCCCGCAAUUGGACCACAGGGACUACAUCCCCCAGUAAUUUCCUAACCUCAUUUGGAUGAAAGCAGCAGAACAACUCUUAGUUCUUAGGAAGUUCACAUAACUUCUUCCCAUUUUUAUAGCAUAUAUUUAUGAUAAACCUUAAACAGCCUCAGAGGUUGGGCAGGCACAAUAAAGUACAGAACCGCCAAGCCUCUUUCCUGGGAAGAGAGAUGCCCCCUCACCCUUUGUACUAAUAGUUUGAAAUAUUUCUUCUUUUGGUGAUGGAGUUUGCUAUUUUUGUUUUAAUGAGAGUCUUAAAAGCUCCCUUGUGACCUUUAUUCAAAAAUUUUCACAGCUUGACACCCCUUAAGACUUUUACUAUAAACUUCCUCACAAACUUCACUUCUCACUAGAUCUCUCUUGGAGAGUGUUCCCAGUAUAUGCAUUCUUCUCAUCAUGGCUUUCUUCCGUCCCACUAGCUUCUCAGGUUUGCAGACUUUGGGGAAAUACCCCAUGUUUUGGCCUGUUCCAAGGCGCCAACAGCUGUUUGCUGUCAUCCUCCAUCUCCUGAACAGGAAACAUGUUAAAUGUUUCCCUUUUACUACCACUUCUCAAUCUGCAAUACCAGUGGAUCCCAAAGCAACUCAUAUGCUGUCUACUAAGACCAGAUCUAAAGGUAGAGAUGGAGAGGAAAAGGAAGGCAGGGCCAGAGGACACACCUCUUCUCCUCAUCCUUUUUCCCUGUUCUCUGCUGGAGCUGCCAAGAGGAGAUCAAAGAAGCAAGAAGAACUGCUCAUGAUAUCUAAAAAGAAUGGUAUCCGGCCCCCAGAAAAACCUUUGAGUGUGGCAGAAUGGGAAGAGCUGAGGGGAGAAUUUAAGGGAAUUAGCAAGUUUGAAGAUGUAAUGCUAGAGCAAAUGAUCAAAUGCAACAGCUCUAUAGAUGUGGCCAAGUCUUUGCUGUCUAUGGUGGCAAUGAGAAAAGGUGACAUCCGUUAUAAUUUAUUGGUCAAGUACCUGGCUCUGUGUGUCCGGCAAGAGCAGAUGGCAGAAGUUUAUGAUGUCUAUGAUAUAAUGAAAGUCAGAUUUAAGACUUUAGAAACUGGGGCUUACGGCCUUCUAAUCAAAGGUCUGAGUGGUUCCAAUCGGUGGAGAGAGGCCUUGUUGCUACUGCAAGAGAUAAAAAAAGUCAUGACCCCGUCAAAAAGGAACUAUGGAGAUUGUAUCAAAGGGGCCCUCAAUAACCAAGAAAUAAACUUGGCGUGUGAACUGUAUCAUGAAAUGCUUGCUAAGGAUUUGAUACCAAACUUGGAUACGCUGCAGGUCUUUUUUGAUAUUGGCAAAUGCGUGAAGGACGAUCAGUUAAAAAGUGAACUCUUAGGAAUCCUCUUGUAUCUGAGAGAAAAUCAACUAUAUCCUGGAGAAGCUCUUAUGCAGAGUAUAAAGUUAUGGUUUGAAAGCAUUCCAGGAGAGAAAUGGGAAGGACACUUAACUACCAUUAAAAAUAGCGGAAAAUGUCCAGUUUGUAACCAAAACCUGGAAGCUAUUCAUCUGAGCCAAGAAGAGUACAAUGCACUCAGGGAAAAAAUAAUAAAAGAUGUGAUCCAGGGAACUGAUGCAUUCAGGAAGACGACUCCUCAGGAACUUGAAGAGUUUCAAAACUUUGUGGAAAAUCGUCCUCCGUAUGAUAUUGUGAUAGAUGGACUCAAUGUUGCCAAUAUUUCUAACAAAAGGAACCAGUCUCAAACUCUACUUGAUGUUGUCUUCCACCUGGCACAGCAGAAUCUGCGGUUGCUCGUGCUGGGCCGCAAACACAUGCUGACUGGGUCUCAUAGCUGGAAAAGGCACAUUGUCGCUGCUAUGCAGAAGAAAGCAGACUUCUUCUUUGCUGAAGAUGUGUCAGAAGAUGACCCCUUCCUAUUAUAUGCCACUCUUCACUCAGGAAGUCAUUGUAAGUUUCUUACUAGAGACCUCCUGCGAGAUCACAAGGCUUGUCUUCCCGACAAUCUUACUCGGCAUCUGUUCUUUAAGUGGCAGCGUGGACACCAAAUGGUGCUUUCCCACUACUGGCCAGGAAAGAGAAUAAAAUUUCAGCCUAUUCUCACUUACGACACCGUGGUACAGACUACUGGUGACACUUGGCAUAUUCCCUAUGAUGAACAGCUGGUGGAAAGAUAUUCCUAUGAAGUGCCAACAAAAUGGCUUUGCCUUCAACGGAAAUAAUAAAGAAUGCAGUUUUACAAACUAAAACUACAAUUGUUUGCUACUGUUGCUAACAGGCAGAAUCCAGUGAUCAUGCACAGUCAUGGAAUUAAUACACCAAAUAUGAACCCUGCAGCUGACUAAAUGUUCAGUAAACAUAGUUCACCGAAUUCAUACCUGCUGUAACUCUAUUGAAGUCAGAGUUCAUUUUGCCCUGUAGUAAAUAAGAGAUUUGUUAUGGCACCAUUUAUUAAGAUUUUAUUGGGAUGAGGUGAUGAAGGGAUUAAGCACUAGGAUGGUCCAUAGAUCCUCCUAAUAAAUUUUAGCUUCUAAAUUUCCAAAGAUAUAAAAUCUUGAAUUUAUUUCUUAGUUAAAAUAAUAGUUUGUUUUUUAAAUAAAAAUUGAUCAUAUUAGGGACUUCACUGUGGGCAAUAAUAUGACAGUUGAAUUUUGUAUAGCCUCUCAUAGAAACUUGAGUUAAUUAGAAGACAGCAAAAGUGGUAUAAAUUACAGAAAAAGUGUUGUAAACCAUUAUCAUUAUUUAUUAACUAUUUGUCUGACAGUUGUGAAUCCUGUUUUUUCCAUCUACCAUCCUUAUACAAGAAAGUCAGAUGCAAAUGCAAUAUUAAUCUUUGUGGAAGGAUCUGAAGAAAAAUUCACUGUCAAGUUUUGCAGUAUAAGAAAGCUGAUAGGCCUCUUACCAAAUGAAGUAGCUCCCACCUGGGCCACUCACAAAGAGCUUUCCAGCAUGCAAGCCACACCCUGAAUGGCUGUGUGUAACUGCAGCCUGCCAUACACACUUACACUUACACUCUGGCUUUCAACAUCCUUGGUUAUACUGCAGGGUAUUGUCUAACUGCACUUCCCCAGUCUUAGAUUUUCCACCAGAAAUGUAUGUCAUGUACUGCCCAGCCCUCUCCUGGACGCUACAAGUUAUAUUAAGUCUGUUAUUCCUUUAGCAGAAUAAUAUGCCAAUUUAUUAUUUCAAAUAAUUUUUCAGAUACUUCAAUUUAAAUACACUGGAUUAGUAAACAGUAAAACAAGUUUAUUAACUACAAAGAGAGAGAUUUUAAGUGAGUACAAAUAAUGAGGCAUAAAGGUCAGAAAUGGUUACAAGAAAAAUAAAUAUAAGAUGUUUACUAAUACCCAACUUCAUAAACUAUAGCAGAUUCAAGCAAAGUUUCUCAUUAUAUGCUUUCAGCAGUCUUACUGACCAAAGCCUCCCCCAGAGUCCAACAAACGUUCCUUUGUCACUUCAAGUGUGAAUACGAUGGGUGGGGGGUAUUUGUACCUUCUUUUUAUAGUUUCAGUCCCUCUCUUGAACAACAUUUCCAGCUAGGCACCAGAAGACAAAAAGUCUAUGAGGAAGGAUGUUCCCUGCUGCUUUUUCCUCACCUCUUUGAGCUUUCUUUGCUCCCUGCUUGAUGACUCUGUUUACUACUUAAAUGCAAAUUAAGCAGAGCACUCAUUCCUUUGUUUAGGACAGACCUAUUUGUCAACUUCAGUUUGAGCACGGCUGUGGGAUUUGGAACAUGGGAAAAUACAUGUUUUAUCAGCAUGAUACUGACCAGCAAAUUAUGAGUCUUCAAAUGAUACCUUACAGGGCAUACUUUGUACAUAGAUUAUUACAAUAGUGUGUAGGGUGUGAACAAGGGAUUCUGUUAGCUUGAUCAGAAUUUACCUAGCUGCUUUUUUGGCACAUCACCUGCAUACAAUUUCUUCACACCCAACUGUGAAGUUUCUGAGGGAUCGUGUCAGAGUUUUUCCUCCAAUUAAAGAACUGCUCUUUUCGUGGGGGGCUUAACUUGGCUUUAUCUGCCCCGAUGGUCCCACCAUUUGAACCUGUUUUCUGAAAAAUGCAUUUUUAAUUGCAGUCAGAUCAGCGAGGAGAGCUGGUGACAUUCAGGACUGUAUGGCAGACUCACCAUAUGUAUUUUUUUAUACAGACAAGGUAUAUCUCUGCACAGGCAAGUUGUCAAAAAUUUCAGUCUCAACCAGCGGAUUCAUUUGGCCUUAUUUUUCCCCAAGCCUUACUGUUCCAAAGGAGAGGCUAACUUCAGCAUUUUGUUGCAAAGGACUAAGCCAUUUAGACCCACCUUUAUGGGGACUGUCUGCCCCAAUCUUUGCAGUUCACCCUCAUUGAGUGACCAUAGCUGGUUCCCCACUAGAAGCCUGGUCACAGCAUCUAAGCCACAAACUCUUCACUUGAUAUCUAUCUAUAGAGAUUAUUUGGGACUGGAUAAUGACUUUGACUUUUGGAGGUGACAGCUCAUAUAAACAGAUACAACUCCAUGCUUAGAUUACUUCCAGCAGGUUGGAAUGGGUGGGAUUCCAAAAAACUAAUGUUAAAAUAAUAAAUUAGGAGAUACCAGUAAAUGUCACAAUUUGUUACUGAAUGUUUAAAGGGAAAUCAAAGGAACUUAACUGAAAUUAAAUCUAAGGACCAAAAUAAAAUGAUCUAUCAGCACUGGAAGCUUUGGGACUGUACCACGUAGUAUACUUCUGAGGGAAUUCUGUGCCAAAAAAAUAAAAAUUCU